AUGAGCCCUACAAGCAUUUCAAAUGCAUCUACAAGCGACUCUGCCCAUUCUGAUGGGCUUUCGGGUCAGCCUGGAGCUGUUGUAGCUGCGAUUUGUGUCGCCUUUGCCUUGUUGUUCGGCCUAACUCUCUACCAGUUGGGUUGCAGGAAAAGGAACACCCCACGCCAAACAGUUUUCCCAGGUCAUGUGCCACGAGACGAGCAACAAAGCCAAUAUGGAAUUCUUGCUUUGAGGCCGCUCGACCGCUCACCCCGAAGAGAUCUCCCAACUAGACCUCCAUUAGCAAAGAUAGCGCAUAGCAAGCUUGACAUGGCUGCCCAACUUGCGGCGGCGACAACGUGCUCUGUUUGUCUGGACGACUUCGUAGCCGGUACUCUUGUUGCCCAACUUCCAUGCGGCCACAUCUUUUGCUCGGAAUGCAUCGAAUCCUGGCUCAUGAAGCGCGGUGCUACGUGUCCAUUGUGGUACGUCGUCAUGCUCAGAGUAGGUAUGUGA